GCAGACGACUCCGUCAUAAGCAAAAUCUGAAGCAGACGCAUUUUUUUAACGAUGUCUUCCAAGCGAAGGAAACAAAAUAAGCCAGUUAAAUCUGUUUUUAUUGAGAAAAAUGAAGGGAUUAACUUGCAAGCAAACCAGCCUACCACAAGGAGCAGGAGGAGAGCGAUGAUCAUGGCCAGGCGUAGAAAGAAACCAACCUCCGAGCCCACAGCACCACUGAGGCGGAGCACGAGGAAAAGGAAGAAGAAGCAGUUCUUCUAUCCAUCAAAGACCAAGAAAGCAGCUACUCCAUCCCCACCAAGAACCAAAAAAAGGAAGGUCUCGUCGAGUGAAUCAGAAUCUGAUGAGGAUGCCGAUAGCAUUCACUCAUCACAGUCAGAGCAACCAUCAGAGGCAGGACAUUCCAGUGGUUUGGCUCUUCUUGCUGAAGUGACCAAUGCUGACCAGGCUCUGGCCAACAUCCGAGGUAGUCCAACCUCGUCCAGCAAGAGACAACAGUCUGGGAGGUCCAGGAAGGACCAUCCUGGCAGCGAGGCAGCCUUGGGACGUAAGCGAGACCAGCCAGUCAAGUACCGAGGGUUCUCCAUGGGCAGGAAGACCUCCCCGCAGAAGCGGCAGAAGACAGUCCUGGACGUGGACGUCCUGCGCAAGUUCUCCAUCGCCAAACUCAUUGGUCAGUUCUCUGUCUACUCCUCCAUGAAGGUGCCCAAGGAUGCCUUCAGCACCACUAUCCGUCAUUCCUACACCUGCACCAUGCUGCCAGGUAUAUGUAACGAGAAGUUCUGUGGCCUGCUUUCCGACACCAAGGACCAGAUCAAACGCCAUCUGCUGCGACACAUCGGAGAGCUUCUGACCAUGACCACUCAAAACAGCCAAAGUUUGGCUGCAGAUGCUAAGAAAAAAGAGUUGGAACCCACAAGUGAUACUUCAGACACGGAGGAUGUUGCACAGGGCAGAGCAACAAAAGAAACAGACAUGGUGACAUAUGCCAUCCCAUCAGGCACUCGUCACGUCACCGUCAAUCUGCCAAGAUCGCUGGACAUCAAGGAGUCCAGCUACACCCUCAUCCGCUCGUCGGCUGGGGCCAACGAGGUGGUGCUACUCCCUAAGGGCUGCAUGGUCAGCCUGGCCAGUGUGGUGGAAGAGCUCAAACCCCACCAGUUCGGCAAGUCACUCCCCGGGAAGAUAUCCCAGAUGAAAGUGGAGCAGGACUGGAUAGAGGAGGAGGUGGUUGGGUCUGACAAUAAUGAGGACGAUGGCCACAUCAAUGAUGAGAACAAAGGUGAGCACACAGACGAGGACAGGCUCGUGGAAAACUUCUUGAAAGGGAUGGUCCCGGAUGAGGAAUGUUCAGUGAGGAAGGUGCUGGAGACCACCACUCAAUUCAUGGAUUGUAAUGUUGAGAGUAAUGUUAUAGCUCCGGAAUCCCAAACAGUUGAGUGUGACAUCGAGAUCCGAACCAAACGGAAGAAAUACACCAAGAGAUAUGACCUGCCCCGGGAAGUGGGCAAAUGCCAAAAGACCAGCGAGAGACUCAACACAAAGCAGGUAGCAUGUAAGAGCAUUGAGGGUGUGGAGCCUCCACAUGCAGACCAUAACUAUGCAUUUAACAUCUUUGGUACGCAUGACGAAGCUGAUCAAAUAAAGAGCCCUCAUACAGAUUCGCUUGGCCAGCCCAUAUCAGAGCCUGAAAUGUCAGACAGUGAGAUGAUGUAUAUGCUACCAAGGCAUCAGGUGAACGCACGGAAGACUAAAAGAUUGAGGAAACCCAGAACACAGAGUCCAAAGAAUAAACGAAAGGCCAAAAAAGAACCCAAACCACCUACAGAAGAGGAUACAAGAAAUAAGACAAAAGCCUUGGAGAUACUGAGCCUCUUGAGUCAGAAAUCCAGAGAUAGGAAAGGUCCCUUCACCUGCGAAAUCUGCGGCAAGAAGGUGACAGCGACUGGAACACUGCGGGCCCACUAUCGCAGCCAUGCAGGAAUCAAACCCUUUGAGUGCAGCCAGUGCUCGGCUACCUUCACCCGCCUCCACAGUCUCAAGUAUCACCUGAUGAUCCAUAAUGAACAGACCCGUUUCAUGUGUGAUCACUGCGGCCGCGAGUUCCGGCACUCCAGCCACUUUCGGGAACACCUGAGGCGCCACACGGGGGAAGAACCUUACGGCUGCACCGACUGUCCACUGCGCUUCAAGACCAGGAACACC